AUGAUCGACCACACGGCCCACCCGACCAUCAUCGACGCGAUCAUCGCGCACUCGUCGGCGCGCACAUGGCGCGGCGUGUCCAAAGGGUACACUGACCGCGUGACGCGGCCUUUGCUGCGGCACGCCGAGCUCGAGGCGUGGCCUGCGGACGGGGCCGACGACGGCGAGCCGACAUUCCACCUCAUUGUCGCCGACACGCGGUGCGGGCGCCCGGCGAACCGCGAGUUCCGGCUGCCCUUUGCGCCGCAGUAUGUCGAGGUGCUGAGCGUCGACUUUCCGAGCUUCCUGCGUUCCUUCAAGCUGCCGGACGCCAUUGCGGCGCAGUUCACUGCCCUGCGUACCCUCAAGCGGACUGGCCGCUCGGCGUCGCGCCCGGACGCGGUGUGGCCAGGCGUCACGACAUACGUCGACUACUUUGACGCGGCGAACAGCGACGCCGGCGCGAACAGCAUCCUCCUCCCGCCCGGCGUGGAGCGCUACGUGCUCCACCUCCGCUGGGACCGGGAGAACGAGGCGGCGAAUCGCUCGUCGAUGGAUAUCACCAACACCGCCAGCAUCCAGCACGCCGUGCUCGUCGUAUGGCCGUCGAUGAAGCCCCGUGUGGCGACGCCCGUGGGCGAUCGAAGGCCGCCGGCGUGCCUCCUCACUGCGCUGAGGCUCGGCGCCGACGUCCUCGCUCGCGGGGGCUCGUUCACCGUCGUCGGCGCGGAGAGGAUCCACCCCGACCAGCUGGGUGUCGCUGUGCCAGCCGGAUAUUCCAUGCAGUUCGGCCUGCGCGAGUGCGCUGAUGCAGUCGCGACAGUGGUACUCUCGCUCGUGCCCGGGUCAGACGCCGCGGACUUUGACGCGUCGCGACUGCGACUGUGCACCUACUUUGAUUGGCGGACCGAAAUAUCUUCUUCAACAGACGGCAGGGAGAGCAAGGGAGGCGGCCAUCGCAAUCAGCCCGAGUGGUGGCGGGCUGGGAAGCGCAUCAACCGGCACGUGGACCUCGACUUGUAUUACAAGGAGAGUUACUCGCCAGAGUUUCCCGAGAACAUAGAGUACCUCGAUAGGUACAUUUAGAUCAUAGUGCGGGAGAGAUGCGGACGGCUUGGAUGA